GAAGGGAUAAGGAGAUUUUUUUUUUUAAUUUUUAUUUAUUAAUUUUUCUUUGAUAUUUUUAGUAUUUUAGUUUGAACAUUUUUUAUUUUUUUUUUUGUUUUUUGACAUUUCACAAUAACAAACAAAUGUUCUAGAAAAAAAAUAUGGAAUUCUUUUUAGAAUUUAUUUUGAUUUGAAACAAAGUAUUUAAUUGCAAUACUCUUUUUUCCAUUCAAUUUCGAUUACAAAUUUGUAAACGAAUUUGUAAUUACAAAAAAAACACAAAACGUAAAAGUAAAGUCUAAUGGUGUAUAAUUUAUUCACAAAUAAAAUACAAUUUGAAUUGCAUUUUAAAAAGUGUAUUAUACAUUAAAUGCAAAAAAAAAAAUUAUACAAAAUAUAGAAGAUAAAAUAAUAGGACAAAAGAAAAAUGACUGUGUUAUCAAAAGUAGUUGACGAUUCAAUACGUAAAUAUGAGCAAUAUGGUGGUACAAAAACAUCUUUUAGUAAAGCUUUAGUUGGUGUUGCCGUUUUUGCCUAUACGUUAAAAUUAAGUUAUCCGUUAUUUAAGCGUCAUAUUAUUAAUAAUAAAAAAUUAAAUAAUAAUAAUAAUAAUAGUUUUUAUAAUAAUAAUAACAGUGAUUAUGAUUAUUGUGAUGAAAACAUUAAUAAUAAUUUAAAAAAAAGCAAGAAUAAUGAUAAAAAAUUAAGAAAAAGUAAUAAAAAGAAAAGAAGAAUAAAAUUUUUCCAUGAAAAUGAGGAAAUUUUGAAUUUAGAUUAUGAUAAAGAUGAUGAUGUUGAUGAUGACGAUGAUGAUGAUCAUGAAGAUGAUGAUGAUAAUAGUUUAAAUGAAGUAAAUUGUAAUAAUGAGGAUGAAGAUGAUUAUGAUGAUGAUGACGACAAUAUUAAUAAUAUUAAUGAAAAUUUAAACGAACAUAAUAUUAAUAAUGAUUUCUUGAAUAAUAAAUUGAAUAAAAAAUUAUAUAACAAAAAUAAAAAUUAUCAAAAUAAUAAGAAAGUUAAUAAUCAUCAUCAAAAACAACAAGAAGAUGUCCAAUUAAAAAUAGCUGAAGCUGAAAAAUUAUUAGCAAAACAACAACAAAAACAAAAUAUUAAUAAUAAUCAUCAAUUGGGUUUUAAUAAAGAAUUUUUAUUACAAUUAAAAAAAUUAAUAUAUAUUAUGAUUCCACGUCCAUUAUGUUAUGAAACAAGUUUAUUAGGAGUACAUACAUUAUGUUUAAUAUCAAGAACAUUUUUGAGUAUAUAUGUUGCAUCAUUAGAAGGUGCAAUUGUUAAAUUUAUUGUUAGAAGAGAUAUUAAAAUGUUUGCAAUGUCACUAUUAAAAUGGUUUGGAAUUGCAAUACCAGCAACAUUUAUCAAUUCAAUGAUAAGAUAUUUAGAAAAUAAACUUGCACUCGCUUUUAGGACAAGACUUGUAAAACAUUCAUAUCGAUUAUACUUCAAAAGUCAAAAUUAUUAUAGGGUAUCAAAUUUGGAUGGAAGAAUAGAAAACGCAGAUCAUAGAUUAACGGAAGAUAUAUCAGUUUUCUCUAGUUCGAUAGCACAUUUGUAUAGUCAUUUAACAAAACCAUGUUUCGAUUUGAUGCUAAUUGGGUUAGCUUUGAUGAGGUCAUCACAAAAAAUGAAAUCAAAUGUUUUUACAGCACCUCUAAUUGGUUUUGUUGUAAUUUCAACAACGGCUCAUAUUUUACGAAUUGUUUCACCAAAAUUUGGCCAGUUGGUAUCAGAAGAAGCUAAUCGAUAUGGAUAUUUACGUCAUAUUCAUUCAAGAAUUAUUACAAACGCAGAAGAAAUAGCAUUUUAUGGUGGACAUAAGGUUGAGCUCAUACAAUUACGUGAAGCGUAUAAUCGGCUUGUUGUACAAAUGAAUACAAUUUUUACGCAAAAAUUAUGGUUUGUAAUGCUUGAACAAUUCUUUAUGAAAUAUGUUUGGUCUGGUACUGGUAUGAUAAUGGUUUCUUUACCAAUUUUAACAGCCAAAAGCAAAUUUAAUAGUAAAGAAGAGCUAAACGAAAUUUCGAUUGGUGAUUCGUCGGUAAGCGAAAGAACACAGUAUUUAACUACCGCAAGAAAUUUAUUAAUAUCAGCUGCCGACGCUAUUGAACGUUUAAUGUCAUCAUAUAAAGAAAUUGUGUCAUUAGCUGGUUAUACACAUCGUGUUGCAGGAAUGUUAAGCGUUUUUGAAGAAACAUCAAAAGGUAUUUAUCAAAAACCAGCAUGUGAAUCGGCACAAUUGGCAAAUAAUGUUAAUAGUAGUACAUCAUUGAAUGAAUAUAAUAAAUUCGAAAAUAAUAUAGGAGUAAUAGAAUUUGAAAAUGGUCGUCCAAUUGCAAAAGGUAAAGUUGUUUACUCAUCAUCAUUGUCAUCAUCAUCAAUUUUAUCGUCAACAUCAAAAAUAUCAAUUGAUGAUAAAAAAGAACUACUAGCUAUUGAAUUAAAAUCAGUACCAGUUGUAACACCAAAUUGUGAUAUAGUUGUAUCAAGUUUAUCAUUACGUAUUGAACCCGGUAUUCAUGUUUUAAUAACUGGACCAAAUGGUUGCGGUAAAUCAUCAUUAUUUCGUAUAUUAAGCGGUUUAUGGCCAAUAUAUGGUGGUGAAUUAUAUAUACCGAAACCCAUUGAUGGUAAACCAUGCAUGUUUUACAUACCACAAAGACCAUAUAUGUCAAUUGGUAGCUUAUGUGAUCAAAUUAUAUAUCCAGAUACAAGAGAUGACAUGCUUAAAAAAAAUAUAACCGAAAAUGAAUUAAAGGAAAUAUUAAAAUUGGUUUCACUUGAACACAUUGCUCUGAGGGAUAGUUUUGAUGUUAUUAGGGACUGGAAAGAUAUAUUAUCUGGUGGAGAAAAACAAAGAAUGGCAAUCGCAAGAUUAUUUUACCAUAGACCUAAUUAUGCUCUUUUGGAUGAAUGUACAAGUGCUGUAUCAAUUGAUGUUGAGAGUUCUAUUUAUGAAACUGCAAAAUCAAUGGGAAUAACUUUGCUUACAAUAACUCAUAGGCCAACAUUGUGGAAAUUUCAUACCCAUAUAUUAGAGUUUGAUGGGCAAGGCGGAUGGAAUUUUAGAGAAAUGACAAAUGAUGAAAAACUUAAUGGUAGUGCAAUGCAUCAGCAACAUAACAUGCAUCAAAGUAAUGUAUUAAAUCAAUCAACACAACAACAAUGCUACGAUCAAAAAUCAUAACAGAAAGUAAUUUAUGUUUCAUACAAAUUAUUUGUACUACUCUCGUUGAACAAAAAUAUUAUUACUUUAAAUGUAAUCAUUUUUUUUAAUAUCUACUUUUAAAAAUUGGAAAAAUGUAAAUUUUAAAUAAUUUUUUUAAUUUAAUAUACGAUUUAAUCUUAAUAUAAAAUAUUAUUUAUAUUAUAAGAAUAGCUAUUUGGGAUUUUACACGUGUUCAAAAAUUUUUCUUAAUAGAUUUUAACUUUAUCAUUUUAAUCUAAUGACGUUUUCAAGAAUUAUUAUUAUUCUUUUCGAUUAUUUUAAUUAGAGAAAAUUGGUGACUUUUUAACUGUAGUAAAAAAUUUGCUUUUUAUUUUUAAUUAGUUGCCUUUUAAUUUUUAAAAAUGUGUUUGCAAUUUUCAUUAUAAAGCAAUAGUUAUUCUUAUUUUUUAUACAAAGUUUUGAAAGAAGCAAAUCAUUUUUGGCAGUUUUAAUGAAAUAACCGAGAAAGUACAAUAUCAAAAAUUGACACGCAUUCCACAAUGUAAAUUGCAAACUAAUCUUUUUAGUAUUUUGGUUAUUGAGAAAUUAAAUAGCUCACUAGUAUUAUAUUAUAUUUUAUUAUUUUAAUAACCCGUUCGUAUUCAUCUUUUUUUAUUGCUUAGUACUACUUUUUUAAUUAGAGUAACUUUAAGUUAUCUAACCCUUCAAAUAUUAGAUAUGUAAUUACAUAUGUGAGAUUUGAAAAUUAAUUUUUGAUUUUUAUUGAAUAAAAAAAAUCUAAGCGAAUUAAAGUUAAUUGAAGCAAAAUACCUAAACAGGGAUUAAAAUAUUUAAUUUUUUAAAGUUUGUCAAAAAUAUAGAAUGAAAUUAAUGAAUUUUUUAAAUAUUGUUUUUAACUCUAAAGCUUUGUGCUGGCAUGUUAUAUGUAUGUAUUAUUAAAGUUAUAUUUGUAAAAUAUGUACAUAAUUGAUAAUGUAAAUAAAGUUUUUUUAAAAAAAGAACACAGGCGUACAUUUCCAUUAGCUCUGAUUUUAGGUGCACAUACUUUUCGAAUUUCGAUAUA